AUGGCCGCUGACGUGCAAAAGGUGGCCCGGCGAUUUGGUUUCGGACUCGCAGCAGUGGCUGUUGGCGGUGGAAUCGUGUUUGCAUCAAGUUAUUACGUGAAAAAAGGCCGUCGAGCCGUUGUUGUCGAUCGAUCAUCAGGAGUGAAGGAGCAAAUUUCCGAAGAAGGCCUGCACUUCCUAAUCCCCUUCAAGCAAAAAGCCGUCAUUUUUGACAUCCGACAAAAGUCGAAGCAGUUGACGAUCAACGGAAAGUCACAAGACAAGCGUGAGGUGGAAAUCGUACUCUGCAUCACCUACCGACCAGAUCCAGAGAGAUUAGUGCUCAUCUACAAGCGGUACGGGGAGAAUUACGAUCAAUUCCUGUACAGCGCCAUCGAGGAGAACGUCUACUCAAUUUUGGAAGAAAACAACAGCUCAACGCUGGAUUCGGAUCGGGAAGGGAUUCGCACGAACAUCGUGAACGACGUCUUGGCACUUUUUGGCGGUAUGAACGUGCUGAUGGACAAGAUCGAAAUGACAAAACUGGCGGUAGACGUACCUUCGCAAAUUCAGGACGACCAUCAGAAUUCCUCGCGGCUUAGGAAAGACUCGCAACGAUCUGUGCGAAGCGUGGCCUUUGAAAAGCCCGAGACCGCUACCCCAACUCCCCUUGCCGAAGCGACCGUCGUUGACACGCCAGUUUCCCUCCCUGAUACCCGUCCGAAGGAUGCGACUUCACGCUCCCGCCAAAGCUCCUAUCGCGCAGAAUUCCCGAAAAUCCCGGAAUCUGCGGAAAAUAAGGAAAACGAAUACAUCAAGGAGGAGGUGGUGGAGCGCAAGGUGCAAGAGAUCUACGAGAGCCUCCCGACCUCUUCGGAUAGCACCGUCACACCGCUGGAGUUGGAGCUGGUCCUCGACCAAAAGGACCCGAACACGUUCUCCUGGAGUGAAGAGAUGGAAAAGGAAGACGACCUUGUUGACCACGUCCAUCGGAAUGGCCAACAGACGCCGGAUUCAGACCAGGCAUCUGUCGAUAGCGGCCGUGCCACCGGACCCCCGUUGUUGCAGAAUGUCUUCGGCGAGAUUGUGCCACAAUACGAGUUCGAGAUCCAUAACAGCUACGUCGGACUGGUGAUUGGCGUUGGGGGAAAGACGAUUAAGGAGCUGAGCACCCGCACCGGUGUCGUCCUCGAGAUUCGGCCCCACCAUUCCCCGGACAAGGUGGACACCUAUCAGAUUUGCCAAGUGCGGGGCAAGCGGGAACAGAUCAACAAGUGCCUCUGCAUGCUUCGCCAUCGAUUCCCGGCCGAGCGCUUUCCGGAGUUGAAUCUGCAGCCCGUGCUCCCGUUACCACCUAUCACCCAGCAUCUGGCUGAUCAGAUUCUUCACCCGACUUGGCUCACCCUCCCGGAAUGCGUGCCAACAGAAGUAACAGUCUCUGCCAUCGUUGACCCGGGCCACUUUUUCGUCCAACAACCCACCCACCCGUCCUACAAUUCGAUGGCCCUCCUCGACCGCUACAUGCUCCAGAUCUACACUCGAGAGGCUGACAUCCCGUCUGUCCCGAAGGAGCAAGUGAAUUCCGGGGUGUUGUGUGCGGCGCCGGUGCUUCAGGCAUGGUUCCGGGCAUUGACCGUCAAUUAUUACGAGGACACGGAUGAGCUUCUCGUCCGUUUUGUCGACCAUGGCGGGUACACUCGUGUAAAACGGGAAAAUCUGAAGCAGAUCCGCACCGAUCUGAUGGCCCUGCCCUUCCAGGCUGUCGAGUGCUACUUGGCACAUGUCCAGCCCGUCGAUGGCAGUUGGAACUGGUCGAAAGAGGCGUGCGAGAUCAUGCAGGAGGCUGUCAGUAAUAAGAUUGUGGAGGCUCACAUUGUUGGCUACCACGUCGAUGACAGAAUGCCGUUCGUUGAAUUGACAAUUCCGGAUGGAAAGGACAAGGUGCCAAUGCGACUCGACUGGCUGUUGAUGAAUCUGGGACUGGCGAAGCAGGCCGACCCCAGCAAGAUGCAGCGGGUGCCAAAGUCGAAGGUGUGGAACCAGAUGAACGGCGGAAUGAAGGGGGGCAAGGAACGGGUC